AUGUUUCAGUCGUAUGCAAAGUGUGCAGCAGACUCAACAGAAUUGUCAAAGUGGUCGUUUCAGUCUGAAGAGGCAGAGGCAGAGGCUGAAUGCUUUGCUGAAUAUAUUUUGCAAGACCUAGUGUUUGAAAAGAUGUCUUUGAAAGCAUGUUUUGAUGAAGAAUUUCCUCUGCGAGAGGUCACCCGGGACAAAUUGGAAAGGUGGUACCUGGAAAGCCAACUUUUUCCAAAGUUGCAACAGACUGUGUUCUCUCGUGUAUUUCUUGGCAAAUCACAGCCAUCUGUGGUUCCACUACCAGUGCAGGCUGAUUCAGGAUUUGGAGGACGGUUGGAAUAUUUUGGACUAUGGCUUGAUAGUGAAUUUGGAACAGGAAGAGCUAAUGCUUCAUGCACUACAUACCACAGUCCCCAGUUAUGUAAGAGUCAAGAAUUUCACAUUGACCACAUGGAGGUCUGGGGAGUAGGGGAGGAGCCUGAGGUUGAUGAGACUGAACGAGCUAGUGUGCUGGAUGUGGAUCCAGAAGCCAAAGCCUUGUUGGAAAUGGCAGGGAGAAGAAUGGCAAGUGAUGGAAUCCGAGAGAGUGAUGCCAAAGACCUUUUAUAACCUUUUAAAAUAACCUUUUGAAUACAGUUUUUUCUUCAUU